AUGGACUACGCUUCAAAAAGAUUGAAGAAGAUGGACGACGCUACUCCAAGUUCAUCAACUCCUGCUACUUCCAUAGCUUCUCUUCCCCAAGAAAUAAUUCUCAAAAUUCUCACCAGUCUUCCUCCCAAAUCUGCAUUCUCUUUCAGGUGCACUUCUAAAUUCUUCCAUUCUUCAAUCCCUCAGCCGCACUUCAAGUUUAGAAUCCUCUUCUCGUUUUCAUUCGCAAACAAUCCCACAAAUCUCUACACUGUGGGCUACACUACUGAAGAGAGCCAUGGAAGGCUCCAACCCAGCAGUCUCCCAUGCUCAGCAGAUGAAUUGCAGCAUUUUAAACGACGACUGCAUGGUUCAAGCUUUGCAGAUGGGAAGCUUUGUCUGUUCAACAGUAAUGGAGGGAUCAGUAUCUUGGACCUUAGUACAAGACAAUAUAUUUCUCUUCCCCAAACAUUUGUCGAGCCAGGGGACCCGUGGGAAAAAAUUAUCUUUUUCGGUGCAGCCCUGAGUUUUGAUCCGGUGUCAAAAAGGUACAAGGUUUGGAAGUCAGAAUUAUACCUUAAUAAUACUCACCACUAUUCUUCCCAAGGUAUGUUGAAGGUUUUAACUCUUGGGGUGGAUGAAUCAUGGAGGGCGGUGACUACAGAAAACACCUUCCACCCUCGCAAGUCCAAGACCAUUGCUUGUGUUCAAAUUGAUGGUAUUAUCUAUUUGAUAAAUUUUAAGAUAAAUUACAGGAAUGAACAAGAAAUAGCUGUAUUUGAUAUUGUGACCGAGAAUUUAAUUAGGGUGAUACCUUUUCCCUAUAGAUUCCAACACCGUGUUUGGCCGAAGGCGUAUUAUUCAUCAUGGGUGAAAUUAAAUGGUCAACUAGCUUAUAUUUAUGUUGAUUUAAUUGAAAGGACCCGAAUAUUUGUUUGUACUUUGGAGAAAUCAUUGGGACCGGUGUGGGACAAACAUGAGGUUCCUCUUACCUUGGAAGCGGCAAAAAUCAUUAGCGAAGCUGAAUUCGUAGGCAUUACAACCAAUAGUAUUGGAGAAAUUGUGUUCUUGAUUCGAGUUGAGAGGAUGCCUCCUUCAAUUUUAAUUUAUGCAUGUGGAACAAAAGUAUGGAGAAAGUUUGAGAUAUGUGGACUUCCUAGUUAUUCAUCUUUUGUAAAUUUGAGAAGGAUUAUUGUGCAUGUUAUAGAAGAGAAAGUAUAUUUUUCUGAAUGA